GUGAACAUCAUUUCGUGCCUUCUGUUAAUUCAUUUUUAAUGUUAGUAGAGAUGAAAGCGAGAACUGUGCGAUGGAUUACGGAUUGCUUGAUGAUUUAUUGUGUCAUUUGUGCGAGUCCGAGUAGUGUUCAAGCUCAGGAAAAAGCUCGUGCCUUGCUACUUUAUUCAUUCGACUUCCCACCCUCAACAUUACCCACCAAUAACUUAAUUUCCAUUCAACUUGAUUCAAUUACGCUGAAUAAAAUCUUUGCCGAUUCCGAAGCACUAGGAAAAGUAGUGAAGAAAAUCAAUUUCCGAGAUGUAAAUGGAUUUCAAAAGUUAGUUACAGGCGAAAGUUCAAAGUUUUCUUUCUUUAAUGACGGUGGAAAUACACAAUGCGAAGUGAAUUGUGAUGUAAAAUGUAAGGAAAAAAUAAAGCCAGUAUUCACUACCACACAAAAACCGUUUGUUAUAAAAAAAGUAUCCACAACUGUGACUCCAUAUGUGCCCUCAGUGUCAAAGAAGGAUGAAGUUAUUACGCCGAGAACGACAAGAUUCAUAUCCACAACAAAGAAAGUAACAAAAUCAUUCAUUUUCAAAAAGCAGUCAACAACUGGGCCAACGUAUUUGCCACCGGUGUCAGUAUCAAAGAAAGAUGAAUUUGAAACACCGAAGACAACAAAAAUUUUCUCCACAACUAGCAGAUCCACAACUAAACAAGUAACAAAGCCAUUUGUUACAAAACCAUCAGCUCGCAUUACCACAGUUUCAAAAUCAACAACUACGAGUCGACCAUUUACUCCAACACGAACACGCUUGUCAACGCCUGGUCCCUCAUAUCUUCCACUUUCUCGAAUUUCAACUGUCCGAAGGUCAACAGUUACUGAACGAUCAUACCCACCGGCGACAUGGCCAUCAACCACACGCAUUUACACGCAAACUUUUCCUACAUGGAGUGCACCUAUUCGUAGAAGUACAACGAUUGUUAACGUUAAAUCAACACCGAAAUACUUAUAUAAAGAACCAUCAAAUACUUUAAUUUAUGCUGGUGAAGUUGAAAAAUAAUUCAUUAAUGUAGUUAUGAAAAUGGAUUACAGUUACUUAGAUAGUUAACUAUGCUGCAUAUCAAAAACCUCAGAACUUUAUUGUGAAAAGCUUAUUAACAAAUGAAAAUGUAUUAAAGAAAUAUUUUGUU